AUGGUCCAACAAACAACUGUCGCUCCGGGCUCGAGAGGCACAGCGCGAAAGUCUACAGGAGGGAAAGCACCGAAAAAGGUUCCUCCGGGUCAACCUGCUGCUAUUCGCCGCCCAGAGCCCGUAAAGAAACGACGAUACCGACCCGGCACGCUCGCGCUCAAAGAGAUUCGACGUUAUCAGCGUAAUACAGACCUCUUGUUAGCAAAACUUCCCUUUACACGCGUUGUUCGUGAAAUUUCAAUGGAGAUGAUGACGGGGAACGGAAACUAUCAAAGUGGAGCAGCUGCACUUCGAUGGCAGACAUCAGCGCUCCUUGCUCUCCAAGAGGCCGCAGAGGCGUAUUUGGUGCACUUGUUCGAAGACGCUAAUCUAUGUGCCAUCCACGCAAAACGGGUUACUAUCAUGCAAAAGGACAUUCAACUUGCUCGUCGCAUUCGGGGCCAAUGA